CCUAUGGUCGCCUCUCAUUUGCUCCAUGUCUCACAAUGCUCCACCACGCCGAUAGGGUAAUUAGCUGCGGACAGCCCUAUCGUGCGUAUACUACGACUGCAAGAUGACCCCCGAAGAUCCCCUCGACCUACUGAGAUACAAAACGGAAGUGAAGCCCACUAAGCGAUGGAUGCCUCUCGUCAGCGCAUCAGAUGAAAAGAACGAUUUCUAUGUGCAACAGAAUGAAUUGAUCGAUGGAUUUCUGCAGAGCAGCCAGGAGGAGCGGAUGGAGGCGGAAGAUCAUGCGGAGAACGGAGGGAAGGUCAAAUUAGCUGUCCGAGCCAGCUUCGUCGUCAACUUCUGCUUGUUCGUUAUCCAACUGUAUGCCGCCAUAUCCACUGGCUCUUUGUCACUUUUCGCGACCGCUGCGGACGCCUUUAUGGACCUCGUCUCCUCCAUCAUAAUGUUGAUCACAUCGCGCAUGUCCACUAAACCCAAGCCCUACCAGUAUCCGGUGGGACGCAGACGGGCAGAAACAAUGGGAGUCAUCAUGUUCUGCGCCUUGAUGACUACCGUGGCGAUCCAGCUUAUCAUUGAAUCCGCCAAGUCGCUAGCAGCCGGCGAGACAGAUUCCGAGAGCCUCGCUAUGAUCCCCCUGAUCUGUGUCGGCGUGGCCAUCUUCUCGAAAUUCUGUCUGUUUGUGUACUGCUUCAGCUUACGGCGCUACCCUGCAGCCCAUGUCUUUUUCAUCGAUCACCGCAAUGACCUGGCCGUGAACGGCUUCGGUCUCAUCAUGGCUGUUGUCGGAGAGCGAUUUGUGUGGUACCUUGACCCGAUCGGUGCGACAUGUAUUGCACUUCUUAUUCUGUAUUCAUGGGUCUCUGAAGCCUUCGAGAAUAUGUGGUUGUUGAUUGGCAAAGGCGCCCCUCGGACUUUCAUCAACAAGUGCGUCUACGUGACGCUGACUCAUGACUCCAGAAUUCAGAAGGUUGACACGUGCCGAGCGUAUCAUGUGGGUCAGCAAUUUUACGUCGAGGUGGAUAUCGUGAUGGACAAAGAAACCAGGCUCCAGGAAUCUCACGACGUGAGCCAAGAGCUCCAGCGGAAACUGGAGGGGCUUACUGGCGUCGAACGGGCUUUUGUUCAUGUUGACUAUGAAUAUCUGCACGAUGUUCAUGAGGAGCAUAGACCUAUUUACGACACCUCGGGGCCGAGUCCUUCUAUCAGAUCUAUAGUCAAGAAGUUCUUUACCUUGAAUAAUAAGGCCCUGGAUGAGGAUCAAAGGGUCUAAGUCGUACCAGAGGUCUUUCUCUCUCUUGACAGAUAACAUAGCUAGCAGGUACCGAGAGCCUCGUUAUCUGAAACUUAUAUCUUCUGUUCUAGAACCGACACCUGGUCAUUUACUGAUGCGGGUCAAAAGUCUAACCACACACAAAGAUCGAUGUCUUUACGACCAUGUAUGAAGGUUUACUAUCAAGAACGGAUUGUCUUGACUCUCGGAAAUGUGGUCAGUUGGAUUUUCCCUAGGCGUGUUGUGAAAAUGUGUCCAGGGCCAUACGUGGGACUGAGCCUGAGUACUGUUUGUUAUGUAUUUGACUAGCCAAUCCCUUUCUAUGCGGGUAGUUCG